AUGGCCGUGCGCCCCGCGCGCCCCGGGCUGCUGCUGGCGCUGCUGCUGUGCGGCGUGUGGGCGCCGCCGGCCGCGGAGGCUCAGAGGCCGGGCGCGGGGUGCCCCAGCCGCUGCCUGUGCUUCCGCAGCACCGUGCGCUGCAUGCAUCUGCUGCUGGAGGCCGUGCCCGCCGUGGCGCCGCCGACCUCCAUCCUGGAUCUUCGCUUCAACAGAAUCCGAGAGAUCCAGCCCGGGGCCUUCCAGAAGCUGCGGAACCUCAACACCUUGCUCCUCAACAACAACCAGAUCCGGAGCAUCCCGGGCGGGGCCUUUGCGGACCUGGAGAACCUCAAGUACCUCUAUCUGUACAAGAAUGAGAUCCAGGCGAUUGACAGGCAAGCCUUUCAGGGACUUUCCUCCCUAGAACAACUAUACCUGCACUUCAACCAGAUAGAGACCCUGGACCCCGAGUCCUUCCAGCAUCUGCCCAAGCUGGAACGGCUGUUCUUGCACAACAACCGGAUCGCACACCUGGUCCCGGGCACAUUUAACCACUUGGCCUCCAUGAAAAGAUUGCGGCUGGACUCGAACGCGCUGCACUGCGACUGCGAGAUUCUGUGGCUGGCGGACCUGCUGAAGGCCUACGCCCGGUCGGGAAACGCGCAGGCCGCGGCCACCUGCGAGUACCCCCGACGCAUCCAGGGCCGGUCGGUGGCCACCAUCACCCCGGAGGAGCUGGACUGUGAAAGGCCCCGGAUCACGUCGGAGCCCCAGGACGCCGACGUCACGUUGGGGAACACGGUGUUCUUCACCUGCCGAGCCGAAGGCAACCCCAAGCCCGAGAUCAUCUGGCUGCGGAACAACAACGAGCUGAGCAUGAAGGCGGACUCCCGCCUGAACCUGCUGGACGAUGGCACGCUGAUGAUCCAGAACACGCGGGAGACGGACCAGGGCGUGUACCAGUGCAUGGCCAAGAACGCGGCGGGUGAGGCCAAGACGCAGGAGGUGACCCUCAGGUACUUUGGGUCUCCAGCUCGACCCACUUUUGUAAUCCAGCCGCAGAACACGGAGGUGCUGGUCGGCGAGAGCGUCACGCUGGAGUGCAGCGCCACAGGCCACCCGCUGCCCACGAUCGCCUGGACCCGCGGGGACCGCUCGCCCCUGCCCACGGACCCCCGCGUGAGCAUCACGCCCUCGGGGGGCCUCUACAUCCAGAACGUGGCGCAGGAGGACAGCGGCGAGUACACCUGCUUCGCCUCCAACAGCCUGGACAGCAUCCACGCCACGGCCUUCAUCAUCGUCCAGGCCCUCCCGCAGUUCACCGUGACCCCGAAGGACAGAACUGUGAUCGAGGGCCAGACCGUUGACUUCCAGUGCGAGGCCAAGGGGUACCCACAGCCGGUCAUCGCCUGGACGAAAGGAGGGAGCCAGCUGUCGGUGGACAGGCGGCACCUGGUGCUGUCCUCAGGGACGCUCCGCAUCUCGGCCGUCGCCCUACACGACCAGGGCCAGUACGAGUGCCAGGCCGUCAACAUCAUCGGCUCCCAGAGGGUCGUGGCCCAGCUGACAGUGCAGCCCCGAGUCACCCCGGUGUUCAGCAGCGUUCCCAGCGACCAGACGGUGGAGGUGGGUUCCAAUGUGCAGCUGCCAUGCAGCUCACAGGGCGAGCCCGAACCCACCAUCACCUGGAACAAGGAUGGGGUCCAGGUGACAGAAAGUGGGAAGUUUCACAUCAGCCUUGAGGGGUUCCUGACGAUCCACGACGUGGGCACUGCGGACGCCGGCCGCUAUGAGUGUGUGGCGCGCAACACCAUCGGGCAGGCCUCAGUCAGCAUGGUGCUCAGUGUGAGCGUGCCUGACGUCAGCCGAAAUGGCGACCCCUUCGUGGCCACAUCCAUCGAGGAGGCAAUCGCCACGGUGGACAGGGCCAUAAACUCCACGCGGACACACCUGUUUGACAGCCGCCCACGCUCCCCCAACGACCUGCUGGCCCUGUUCCGCUACCCGAGGGACCCCUACACCGUGGAGCAGGCGCGUGCCGGCGAGAUAUUUGAGCGGACGCUGCAGCUGAUCCAGGACCACGUGCAGCGCGGCCUCAUGGUCGACCUCAACGGAACCAGCUACCACUACAACGACCUGGUCUCCCCGCAGUACCUGAGCCUCAUCGCCAACCUGUCGGGCUGCACCGCGCACCGGCGCGUCAACAACUGCUCGGACAUGUGCUUCCACCAGAAGUACCGCACGCACGACGGCACCUGCAACAACCUGCAGCACCCGAUGUGGGGCGCCUCGCUGACGGCCUUCGAGCGCCUGCUCAAGUCCGUGUACGAGAACGGCUUCAACACGCCGCGCGGCGUGACGCCGGGCCGGCUCUACCACGGGCACGCGCUGCCCAUGCCGCGCCUCGUGUCCACCACGCUCAUUGGCACGGAGGCCGUCACGCCGGACGCGCAGUACACGCACAUGCUCAUGCAGUGGGGCCAGUUCCUGGACCAUGACCUGGACUCCACGGUGGUGGCGCUGAGCCAGGCGCGCUUCUCGGACGGGCAGCACUGCAGCUCCGCCUGCAGCAACGACCCGCCCUGCUUCUCGCUCACCAUCCCGCCCAACGACCCGCGCGUGCGCAACGGCGCGCGCUGCAUGUUCUUCGUGCGCUCCAGCCCCGUGUGCGGCAGCGGCAUGACCUCGCUGCUCAUGAACUCCGUGUACCCGCGCGAGCAGAUCAACCAGCUCACCUCCUACAUCGACGCCUCCAACGUGUACGGCAGCUCGGAGCACGAGGCGCGCGCCGUGCGCGACCUGGCCAGCCAGCGCGGGCUGCUGCGCCAGGGCAUCGUGCAGCGCUCCGGCAAGCCGCUGCUGCCCUUCGCCGCGGGGCCGCCCACCGAGUGCAUGCGGGACGAGAGCGAGAGCCCCAUCCCCUGCUUCCUGGCCGGCGACCACCGCGCCAACGAGCAGCUGGGCCUCACCAGCAUGCACACGCUCUGGUUCCGUGAGCACAACCGCGUGGCCGCCGAGCUGCUGGCGCUGAACCCGCACUGGGACGGCGACACGCUGUACCACGAGGCCCGCAAGAUCGUGGGCGCGCAGAUGCAGCACAUCACCUACCGGCACUGGCUGCCCAAGGUGCUGGGCGAGGUGGGCAUGAAGAUGCUGGGCGAGUACCGCGGCUACGACCCCGGCGUCAACGCCGGCAUCUUCAACGCCUUCGCCACGGCCGCCUUCCGCUUCGGCCACACGCUCAUCCACCCGCUGCUCUACCGGCUGGACGAGGCCUUCCGGCCCGUGGCGCAGGGCCACGUGCCGCUGCACAAGGCCUUCUUCUCGCCCUUCCGCGUCGUCAACGAGGGCGGCAUCGACCCGCUGCUGCGCGGCCUGUUCGGCGUGGCGGGCAAGAUGCGGGUGCCCUCGCAGCUGCUGAACACGGAGCUCACCGAGCGCCUCUUCUCCAUGGCGCACACCGUGGCGCUGGACCUGGCCGCCAUCAACAUCCAGCGCGGCCGCGACCACGGCAUCCCGCCCUACCACGACUUCCGCGUCUACUGCAACCUGUCGGCCGCGCACGACUUCGAGGACCUCAAGAACGAGAUCCAGGACCCCGAGGUCCGCGAGAAGCUGCGCCGGCUGUACGGGUCCCCCCUCAACAUCGACCUGUUCCCCGCCCUGAUGGUGGAGGACCUGGUGCCCGGCAGCCGCCUGGGGCCCACGCUCAUGUGCCUGCUCAGCACGCAGUUCCAGCGCCUGCGGGACGGGGACAGGCUGUGGUACGAGAACCCGGGGGUGUUCUCGCCAGCCCAGCUGACGCAGAUCAAGCAGACGUCGCUGGCCAGGAUCUUGUGCGACAACUCGGACAACAUCACGCGUGUGCAGCGGGACGUGUUCCGGGUGGCGGAGUUCCCCCACGGCUACAGCAGCUGCGCCGACAUCCCCCGGAUGGACCUGCGGGUCUGGCAGGACUGCUGCGAAGACUGCAGGACCCGCGGGCAGUUCAGCGCCUUCUCCUACCAUUUCCGAGGCCGGCGGUCCCUUGACUUCAGUUACCGGGAGGACGAGGCCCCCACGGAAGCCGAGAAGACACUGAGCAGCGGGAAGCCUGGCCAGCGCCCCAGGAAUGCCACGGCCGCCUCCUCCGAGCACCCCCAGGCCCUGGGGCCCAGCGACUUCCGGGACUUGGUGCUGGACAUGCAGCAGACCAUCACGGACCUCCGGACACAGAUAAAGAAGCUGGAGUCGCGGCUCAGCACGGCUGAGUGCACCGGCGUGGAUGGCGAGCCCCACGCAGAUGGCGCCCGGUGGAAGCGAGACGUGUGCACCAUCUGUGAAUGCCGCGACGGGCAGAUCACCUGCUUCGUGGAGGCCUGCCCGCCCGCCGACUGCCCAGCCCCCGUGAGAGUUGAUGGCGCCUGCUGUCCGGUGUGCCUGAGGGAGCUCAUGGGAACUCAGCCGUAG